ACGUAUUGCAAAAUGUCCAAUAAUGUUAGCGUGCGUGUUUGAUACAGUAGCUCCUGUUUCUCCCUCAACUCCCUAUUUUCUCUGCACUACUCUCUCUCUACACUAUUACUAUUUCUCUCUCUUAGGACUUCCUCCAACACGCCUCUCUCUCCCCAACCUUUGUACAAAUAUAUAUCAAGCUCGUAGUGUUUUUCCUUCAGUUUGACAAGUUUAUAUGCUGAAAUUUGGAGUUGUCCUCGUUUAAAUCCUCCUAAUUUGUCGAAACUUCGAUUCGAUCGUUGAAUUGUAUUUAGCUCUAUUGCAAUCUCUGAUUCUUCAUCUAUCUUAUGGCUGGACAAGUAGCUUUCAAUCAAUCACCUGCUCCUUCUGAGGACUUUGAGAUUGUUUAUGGUGAUUUUAAAGUAGCAUCCCAAGCUCAGUGUAGUCCUCUAAUUGAUCCUUCAACUAUAAAACUUAGACAUAGACUCGGAAGAGGUCCAUUUGGUGAUGUUUGGUUAGCAACUCUUCAUCAGACAGCUGAAGAUUACGAAGAGUAUCAUGAAGUGGCUGUGAAGAUGUUACAUCAUGUUAAGGAAGAUAGCAUUAGAACAGUAUUAGAUAAGCUGGCUGAGUUAUUUUUCAAGAGUAGAGGACUAAAGGGUGUUUGUUGGAUGUAUGGCACUUCAAUUAUAAGUGGCAAGAUAUGUAUAGUUAUGAAAUUCUAUGAGGGAUCCGUUGGUGACAAGAUGGCUCGCCUUAAAGGGGGGAAGCUCUCAUUGCCUGAUGUUCUGAGGCAUGGAAUUGAUCUGGCUCAGGGAAUUAGGGAAAUGCAUUCGAAAGAGAUUAUGGUCCUGAACCUUAAACCCUGCAAUUUCCUUUUGAAUGAAAAUAACCAAUCAAUUUUGGGGGAUUUGGGAAUUGCAUAUGUACUUAUGGGGAUUCCAUUGCCGAGUUCAGAUCUGACUCGUAGGCUUGGAACACCAAACUAUAUGGCUCCUGAACAAUGGGAACCAGGUACAAGAGGUCCAAUAUCCUAUGAGACAGACUCUUGGGGAUUUGCUUGCAGCAUUGUUGAGAUGCUGACUGGUACACAGCCUUGGUGUGGUAUGUCUAUUGAUAACAUAUACAAGACUGUAGUUGAAAAGCAAGAAAAGCCGUUCAUACCUGAAGGUCUUCCUUCAGAGCUGGAGAAUGUUAUCCUUGGCUGUUUUGAGUAUGACUUCAGGAGCCGUCCAUUAAUGUCAGAUAUAUUAAAUGCUUUCAAAAGCUCGCAGAAUGCAAUAUCUUCCGAUGAAAGAGGGAUUGGUCUCGGCAGUAAUGCAAUCUUAGACAGAUCAGCUACUUCAGGUUACACUGAGUGGUUCCUUUCAAAAGAUUAUCUUCAAGUGGGUGAUAUGGUGCGUUCUAGAAAGCUAUCAAACUCUUGCAAGCCUGAGAACAUGGAUGUCCCGGAAGGGUCUAUUGUGGGUUUGGAGCGUGACACUGAUCGGAGGGGGUUUGUUUUAGUCAGGGUACAUGCUAUCCAUGACCCUGUAAGAGUUCAUGCAUCUACACUGGAGCGUGUGACAUAUGGUUUGGCCGCUGGAGAUUGGGUGCGCCUAAAGAACGUAGACAAGAAGCACUCACCGGUGGGCAUCCUCCAUUUCGUCCAUCGUGAUGGAGCUGUAGGUGUUGGUUUAAUCGGGGUUAAUACUUUGUGGAAAGGUAGUUAUUCGGACCUUGAGAUGGCAGAAACCUAUUGUGUUGGUCAGUUUGUAAGGGUGAAGUCAAAUGUUUAUAGCCCCCGAUUUGAAUGGCCUCAAAAAAGAGGGGCCGAGUGGGUCACGGGGAGAAUUUGUCAAAUUCUACCAAAUGGGUGCUUAGUUGUAAAGUUUCCUGGUAGAUUGUCAUUUGGAGAUGAGAGCAGUAAUUUUUUGGCUGAUCCAGCUGAAGUAGAAGUUGUUUCUUUUAAAAAUUGUCCAGGCAUGGUGAAAAAGUAUCAGCAUCUUGAGGAUUUUCACUGGGCUGUGAGGCCACUACUUAUUGCUUUGGGCCUCUUCACUGCCAUGAAGCUAGGGUUUAUUGUAGGAAACAAAGUGGGAGGUUCAAAAGUGAAGAAGGACCAGAAGCUCAUAUCGCAGGAAGACAGUCGUAUGCAUAUGGAUGGAAAGAAUGCCAUAUGGGUUCCAGCGAAGAUGGAUGGCCAGAAUGCGGGAUGGAUUCCUCCUAAUGUCGCUAAUAUAAUCUUCAGAGAUGGUGUGAGUACUGCUUCCACUUGAUCCAGAAGUUAAACCCAAACUCAGUUACAGUCAGUUGCUCAAAGCAAGUCGCUGGACGUAAAUAAAGCUAUCUAGUUUAUUAAUCAUCUGACAAACUGCUUAUGUUCCUAAGCUACACACUCUGCAGGCAAUGUCUGUAUUCACUGUUCCAUUUGGUGUACUGUAUAUAUACUUGAACAAUUUCUCUCCUCCCUGUGUCUUUUUCAAUUGCCAAGACAGAAGACGCUUGGCUGUUAACUGAAUACAUAAAUUUCUCCAAUCA